GCAACUCAAUGAACUCAUGGGUCAAGACGAUUUUUCUCUUUUUUCUUUUUCUUUUGCUGUCUCCUCUCACCUUGUAGAGAGAACCGUGUCUAAAGCUUAUGCCCCAAAAAUGGUGGCACUGGCGUUCCAGCUGACUUCUCGUGUGCCACCACCACCACCAGCAACCCUCAACUCCUCAACUCUUUCAAGUACUUCAGUAGCUCUAAUAAGCACUUCUCUUUUCAAGACCAAGUCUCGUCCCACCGCAGCCGCAGCUUUGCGUAGGACCAAGAAGACAGAAGAACAAGACCUACACAGCCUCCCAAAAGAGUUUUACGAUGAUGAAUGGCAAGCCCAACAACGCGAAAAAACAAAGAAGUUACAUCAACAACGUCAAGUGGAAGAUGAGGAGGAGGAAAGAAAGGUUGAUGAAUAUCGUGAAAUUGGUAUGCGGUUGAAAGACUAUCCGGAAGAUGACCUUCGACAGGCAAGGCAACUGGUUUCAAGCCUUCUCAAAUCUGCUGAAGAAGUGGAAGAGAAAAUUGAGGAAGCUGCUGAGAGGGGUGAACUAACUGAACUUGUUCUGAUGGUCAUAUGGAAUCGCCUUGAUCUUGCACGACGUGAUGACGAGAAGGAUGCUAUUAGAAGUCUUGAUCUCUUGUACAGGCGAAUUGAGACUGAAAUUCUGAAACGGGAAGCUCCUCCUGCGAUGAGACUGCUUAAUGAUCUUUUGAUUUUGCAUGAUGGUUUUGAUGAAGAAGGAUGGCUGAAGGAAUGCAGAAAGAGGAUGGUUGAAACCUUUCCACGAGAGGAUCCGUACAGUAUUCUUGUCCCAGUAGGCUUUGACAUUGAUAAGCAUCAAGGCCCACUGAGACCUCCACUUGAGGAGGAGGAUGAUAUUCUUUUGAGGGUUGAUUUCGUGAGAGAGGUUGAUGCAUUGCUGCGAGAGGUUCGAGCUGAACAAAGAGAAGCACAAAAUGCUCAAGGGCUUGAUCCCGAGUCUGUUGCAAUCCGGUUAAAGCAACAAGAGAAGCAACAGACCAUUCGUCUCGUGGAAGCACUCUUGGAUCUGGCCAUCGAUUUGAAAUGGUAGCCAUACAAGUGUUGGCGUUCGUAAAAUCCUGCAUUUGCCACAUUUGUUUGGUCUGGAGGCUGAGAUAGAAACCCAAUAGCCCUUAAAUUUGAAAGAAUAUAUUCCAUUUUUACUAGGAGUUAUGUAUUUUCGGAUAAAUGUGUUUCAAAAUUAUAUUAGAUGAUAUCCAAUCAAUGUGAUGUA